CUCCAGCCACCAGCAGCAACUACGUCGUGUGUGCUACUUCACCAACUGGUCAUGUGACCUCCUGGUCAAAGAAGCUUACUUCUGUCUGCACGACCUGGACGCCAGCCUCUGCUCUCACAUCAUCUUCGCUUUUGCUGGCGUCAAUGUGACCUCACUCAGCCUGUCCCCGACCAGGAUCGACGACGAGAGCGUUGGAACUGUCAAGGGUCGUUAUGUCCAGCUCAACGACCUCAAAAAGACCCAACGCGGUUUGAAAACCCUGCUCAGUGCCGGCGGGAGCUUCCAGGCAGAUAGGUUCAAGACAGUGACAGCCACCAACAGGUCACGAGAGCGCUUCGCCUACAACACCGCCCGAUACGUGAGACAAUGGGGUUUCGAUGGAUUAGAUCUUGACUGGGAGUAUCCGGGGAAGCUGGAGAAGGAGGCUUUAACUUACCUGGUUAAGGAUUUAAAAUCAGCGUUCAGAGAAGAAGCUCUACGUACAGGACAACAAGAGCUGCUCCUGUCGAUCGCUGUCCCUGUUGGAGAAGAGAGAGUUCGUCUGGGAUACCAAGUGGAUCUCAUCAGCAAGUACGCUGAUAUGAUUAACCUAAUGGCCUACGACUUCUACUAUGGAGCAUGGAUGAUGACGGCUUUCAACAGCCCACUGUUUCCACGGAAUCACCACAAGUUGUCCAGAAAACAUUCUGUCGAAUGGAUAGUGAAUUUAUGGAUAAAUCUAGGCGCCCCGCCACAUAAAAUCAAUCUGGGCAUAGCAGGUUACGGACAAUCUUUCACUCUUCAAGUUGACCCUCAAGAAACUCUACUUACAGAUAUACAAACAGAUAACACAACUGGCAGCACCAAAACAGACAAGAAGAACCAAAAUACAGCGGCAGUUUCAAAGAACUCUUCAAAUAUUAACGGAACUACUUUUUAUAAUAAUGUUUCUGAUGAGGAAAAAGGGAACAACCAGUCGCAGCUACACGUGAUUACUUCUGGACAGAAGAACGUUCAGAUCUGUAACGGAAAUCUGGAGGACUGCGUUAUGGAAGCUCGCUUGUCUCAAAAUAUUAACAGAAUAAAGAGAUAUAGCAGUGGAGUUUUCUCUCACCGCCAACCUGCUACAAGAAAUCACAGUGAUGUUCUAAUUGCAAGCUCACAAAAUGACCCAGCUGUGUUUGGUGGUAGUAUCACUGAUGAGCUUGGCAUACAUCAGAAUGGGAUUGGCAGUCAAGAGCUUGAUUCGAAGAUCACUAUACAUAGAAAUGGAAAUAGCAAACAGGGGCACGCAGAUUCAGCGCCACCUGCAGGCGAUGGUCAAGAGCAAAGGGGAAGUCAGGCAGGCAAGUUUAGAGGCAGUGGUCAACCUCGAGAUGGCACAGAUGCUGUUGUGUAUGGUGUUGGUUCCAAAGCUGUGGGACCAGGCCGGCCAGGAAGGUUGAGGCACCUGAAGGGACAACUUUCUUAUCCCGAGAUUUGUGAGCAAAUCCAUGCCGGAGCCAGCGUAGCCUGGGACCAAGAACAGAGGGUGCCGUAUGCAGUUCUUGGCGACCAGUGGGUGGGCUACGAGAACCCCAGGAGUGUCGGUGAGAAGGUGACGUGGGCGUUUGAGCAUCGACUGGGAGGCGUCAUGUUUUGGUCGCUGGAUCUUGACGACUUCAAGGGAGAUUACUGCGGUCAGGGACGGUUUCCUUUGCUGACAUCCAUGUCGAAAACUGUUAUUUCCCUUGCCAGUAACCAAAAUAAGAGCAUCAUUGGGAACUCAGAGAAUUUUACAAACGAUAUGUCCUGGGUUGAGCGUGCCUAUACUGUGACCCCACAAGAAUCAAGAGCGACAGCCGUUUCUGAUAACAGUAAUGAAAAUGUCAUAGAAAAACCAGUAAUAGCAAUGACGUUGCUAAACAACCCAAAGACAAGAACAGACGCAGUUGCGACAACAUCCAAGCCAAAUGCAUACGAGCAUUAUUUUAAUCAUAACAUGUCGUCGUUUAAUAAUGCAACUGAUUUGCCGACAGAAUUAAAACCCACUGACAAUAGUUAUCCUACCAAAAAGAGUACGGUCAAUGUCUUAAUUCCAGCAAAGGCGGGAAAUAAAACUGACGUUACAACAAAAAGAGUAGUAGAGAAUGCAACGCACAGGGCAAAUGCGAAAGACAAAGUUGCGCCAACUGGUGGUAACAAACAAAUGGAUCCACAUAGUGUCUUUUCCUUCAAAGACAAUAGACAGUCAGAAACCAACUGA